ACAGGCUAUUGGCAACAACAACAACAAUAUGGCUGUCCGCAAGAAUUUUAUCUAAUAUGACAGAAGUUCGUUGUUUUGCAGUGUAAUGGAUAAUAUAUUCGGAAAUUCUGGUAUUGGUGGAUAUGGACAAAGGAGGAUUUAUCCAUUACAAGAGGAUUCUGGUGAAGAAAAUUAUAAAGAAAAAGGAGAAAAGGAAGUGUUAACAGAUGAAGAAGCACCAGGAGAGGAAGAAUUUGAAGUAUCAGAACUAGAUGAAGACGAAGAAGAUGAUGAUGAUGAAAUAAAUGAAUUACUGAAAGAUAUUCCUGAUGAGAAAGUGAUUGAUUGGGUAAACCCCACAACAAAAAAUGUCAAGCCACCACAUCCAUUAGCAAUAACAAAUGUAAAUCAGACAAGAGAUCUUAUGAGAUUACAACAUGCUGAAGCUGCACUGCAGGCUGAUUUACAAACAUCAGAAGAAUGGUUAAAAUCACACUCUAUAGAAUACAUGAAACUUACAUUGAAAGAUCUUGUUGACAAAGGAAAAGUCUCUGGACUGAAGCCAGAUCAUAAGACAGGAAAAGCAGUACAACAUAUACAGUUUGAUGCUUAUGAUGUCAAUGAAUUUGAGUAUAAAUUGAAUGUAGCUAUAGAACAAUUUACAAAGAGGAUCAAAUGGAAUUUACAAGGCAGUCGAAGGAUAUUUGGAAAUCUUAGAGCCAAAAGAUUAGCAGUUGUUGUUGAUAUGUCAGAUGCUAAUGCAGGAUUUGGUAGACUACAGACCCUACAGGAGAAUCUUGUUCACUUGCUAGAUGAACAGUUAUCAAAGGCAACUUCUGUAUAUCUGAUGUCCUUUGGAACUGAUGUCGACCCACUUUGGCCAGUAUCUAGGGAUGUCAACAUCAGAAUAAUAGAGGAAGGUAAAGAAUGGGUAUUACGUUUGAGACAGAGUGGAGGAUGUAAUUUAUUGAAGUCCAUGAAACACGUAAUGAAGCUUAAAGACAUCGACUCAGUACUCCUUAUCUUAGGCAGUGUUCCAGACCAAACAACAGAAGUCUUAUGUGAUUAUAUACAUCAGAUGGGUGUGGGUCAACAUAUAGAAUUAAAUUGUGUGGCCUAUGAUUGUAGUAAUCAGCUAACAAAUUUAACAUUAAGGAAUUUGGCAGAAGCCUCAGGAGGUUCAUAUCAUUGUUAUACGGCUAGUUGUGAGGAACAAAUUUAUACUGGAACAGAGAUCAGUGUAAUAUUGAAGGAAAUUCAGAAAGCCCAGGAUGUGAUCAACAAAAUAAAGGAAAUGAGACAAGGGAUGAUGGGAAGUGCUCUAGUCAGUAUCAUAAAUGAGAUAUCAACAGAAGUAAGCAAACUACCACAGUCCAGGUUCUUACCUAGACCUCCUGGUCAUGAUUUCCAGCUUAAGAUAGAAGUGCCAAAAUUCUUAGCUAGAUGUUCAAUUGAAUGGAUCAAACAACAUGGAUUGAAAGCAAGAAAAUUGGAUUUGUAUCAAGUUUUAGCACCAAAUGCCUACUCUUACAAAGAAGAAUUUAUACCUGUUAUAAAGAAAGCUGUUCAGUCGCAAGUUCAUGAGAAAGCUAUGGUACAGUUCCAAUGGCAUGAUGGUUCUGUGAAGAAUGUUCAUGUGGAUAUGACCCAGCUGUUUGAAUAUCAGAAACAAUUGAAUUCUGGAGUUGGCCUGUAUGAAAAAAGAAUUGAUUGGUUGGCCACUGGUAGUCGUAGAAUUUUUGGAACUGUUGUAGAUAAAAACGUAGUUAUUCUGAUAGAUAUGUCUGUAUCUAAUGUCAACUAUUUAGUCCACAUACAGCACUCAAUUAGAUUGUUGAUGGAACAACAAAUGGCCAACAAAAAGUUCUUCAACAUCAUUGCUUUUGGAAGUAAAGCUGUUACAUGGAAACCCACAAUGAUGAAGCCUACAGAACAGAAUCUACAAGCAGCAUGGAGGUGGAUUUUAGACUUACAGUGUGGAGGAAGUAGGAAUUUCCUGUCAGCAUUUAAAUUGGCUGUAGAAAAUGAAGAAGAAAUUAAACAUAAAAUCAUUCCAGAAGGCAUUUAUCUUUUCACAAGUGGAGUUCCAGAUCAGAGUCAAGAUAUGUGUACAUCCUACAUUGAACAGGCCACCAGUGGGCGAGGGAUCAAACUUCACUGCAUUUUAUUUAAUGUUGAUGACUAUGAUGCUAACGGUGCUAUACCUGGUCGCUAUGCCAACAUCACACGGACAGGAGAAUGCUUACGUAACAUGGCCCAUUGUAGUGGCGGCAGAUUCCAUUGGUUUAGAGAAACAGGCAUUAUAGAGAGUGAUGAUAUCCAGUACAUUACAACAGAAAUAGACAAAGCUAUGAACUUCUCUAGAAAAGUACAAAUCCUCAUUGAUUCUGUCAAAAAGAAGUACAGAAAUAGAUAUAACCACCCAUAUUUAGAUGAAAUAAAGGCAUUGCCAGCCCCUGAGUCAUUCAAACUUAGAGCCAUUAUGUCUGGUGGAUCUCCAAACUAUUCACACACAGCAAGAUCAGAAAAACAGGAGACAGCAGAAUCAGAAGCCAAACGUUCCCUACAUCUUCGACGUCCUAUGAGUGCUCCAAGGAUCAGGGAUCAGACCCGAUCUGAAGCUUUUAGAGAAAGACCAAAAUCAGCAACAAAAGAUCCAAUGAAACACGUCAAAUCAAAAAAGAUAAUGACUGGAAGUUUCUUCCUGGAUAAUAAACAGCCUGGUGGUGAUGGCACAGGAUCUGUAUAUAAGAAAUAUCCUGGCAAUAAAUCUGUAAGAAAGAAUAUCAACCACACAAUUAUACCAGAUAUAGAAGAUGUUGUUACUACCAAGGAGUGGAUGAGAUUGUACAGUUUAUCAAGAUUGAAAUUGGACCUAAACAAGCUGAUUUCUGGACCUGAUUGUAAACAUACAGAAGACAAUGUCAAAGCUUUACAUAAACAAGUUUCUGCCAAAUACUGUGAAAUAUUCCCAAGUAUUAAUGUGAAAGGAACAAUAAAACAUCUACAGUUAUUACCACAUGAACUGAAGGAAUAUGAGUCACAAACAGAGAAAGUAUUAAAGAGAUAUUUAAAGAGAUUACAAUGGCUACUAAGUGGUAGCAGGAGAGUGUUCGGAAAUAUAGUUCAUACAAAGUGUAUGAUUCUAGUAGAUACAUCAGGAUCUAUGGACCCAUACAUGACAGAACUCAAACAAGAACUGGCUUCACUUGUAUGGGAUCAACUCUACAGGCUUGGUGCUAGAUUCAACGUUGUGAGGUUUUCUGGAAAUUGUGAGAAUUGGUUUGACAGAUUACAGCCAGCUACACAAGAAAACUGUCAUGAUGCUGUCAACUGGUCAUCUAAGUUUAAAGCUUCUGGCAAUACAUGUACAUUGGAAGCACUAAAGAUGGCUUUUGAUGAUCCAGAGAUAGAAGCUAUUUACAUGUUAACUGAUGGUAAACCCGAUACUAGUACAUCACUUAUACUUAGAGAGGUUGGAGAAUGGAACAAUGAAAGAAACAUUCAGAUCAACACAAUAUCAUUUAACUGUUCCGAUAGCACUGCCAACAAUUUCCUGAAGUUAUUAGCCACACAAACAGGAGGAAGAUUCCAUAUGUGCCACAGUGAUUUUGAUGCUCAAUUAUUUGCACACAAACUGCUUACUGAAGGCUUUGGAGAUACAGAGUACCCUCAUUUACCUGAAUUUGAAGGUGAUGAUCUACGCAGACUUGGACAAGAAAUAGCUCUUGCUAGAAAAUACUUGGCUCAGGCAAGACAAUACAGAUCUUUGUACCAAUCAAAAGUAUCAACAAGUGAAAAGCCUGCAUCUAAUAAAGGAAAUGCUCCUCCUUUCAUAGUAGGGAAACCAAGAGCUUCAGCAAGAUGAAAAAUUGGAAGUUGACAGACAUUUAUAGUGCAUUUUAUUUUUGAAUGAGAUCUUUUUAUUUCGAACAUUUAGAUGAAGAAAAGAUCUUAUCUUACAGUCUGUGAUAUAUUUUAUUAAAAGGCAAUUUAUAUAUUUUUUAUUUUAUAACAUAUUAUCAUGUUUUGGGUAACAUGUUCAUAAUGGAUGAAAUUUUAUUUAUUGUAUCUUGUUGUAAUGAAAAAGCUUAGAAGUGAUAAUUGUCCAUUCAAAAUGGUAUGAAAUCUUUAUAACAAGAUACAAUUUACAUUUUGAUUGGAAAAAUAAUUAUCACUGCAAUUAUGUUUAAUGUUCUGUUUUUGUGAAUUAUUACAAAAGCAUUCAGUGUAAAUGUUAUGUUUAUGUAGUAUUUUUCAUGUUUUGAAGUUGCAUUACAAUUAGGAUGGAUCCUUUUGGGCUUAACACAAAAGGAGAUGGUUGAAUCAAAAUAAAAUAUAAAUGUAAAAUUCUAGGUUACAAGCUUUUUAUGUAGAAAAUUAAAAAAAAAAUCUUGUUAGAUAAAUAAUUGAUAGAACACUUUACUAAUUAUACUCUUAAAAUCUGAACAGAAUUAGAGAAUCUCUGAAUGUGGUUGCUGCUUUUAUUUAGAUAGAUUUUGAUACUAAAUGUUAUAUGAAUAGAAACUUUUUUGUAAAAAUUGUAUACUGUAUGUUGGGAUUUUUAUGCCUGCUUGUUUUUUCCUGAUCUUCAUAUACCACAUAUCAAUUAAAUAUAAGCUAAUUAUUUUCAAGAUUCCAAAAGGAAUUUUCUGAGGUGAAAUAUUUGCAUUAAAUUGUCAAUCAUGAAUAUAUCAGAACUAGACAGGCAUGAAAUAUCCCUAUAUACAGUAUAUCAUUUGAUUAUGCAUGCUUGUUGAAACUAGUCUGUGAAUGUAUUUUACAGUAUUUGUUAAAAUAUACAGAGUAAAUAAUAGUCUAUUAA